AUGUCUGAUGUGCAACAGGAUGGUCCUGUGCCUGACAACGCCUCUGUCACACCUUCUGCCCCUGGUGAAUCCUCAGUUUCCCAACCACCACCUGCCCUUCGUUUCGAACACCAUGAAGCCCUACCAGAAUUCAUGACGACCAUCAUGGCUGAACUUAACCAGCUUCGCAGCCGCAUGGAUCAGUACGACGAACUGAUCGCCGAAAACCAGCGAUUGAAACAAUCAUUGGCUGCCGCUGAAGCCAAAAUCGCCCAGCUCGAGACUCAGCGCUCACCUCCCACUCCUUCUGGUGCCAUGGCAUCUAAAUAUGCUCAUGAGAAUGAUUCGACUCCCGUUCCAACCACCACCUCACCUUCUGACGAAGACACUUGGGCAAAGCGUGUUCAGCGCGCCAAAAAACUAAAGGUGUCCCCCAAACGCAUGGCAACCCUCGCUCGAGCCUUCACCCCCACUAGCGAAACUCAUGGUUUCCAGUAUGUGUACAUUCCCAGCAAGUUCCGCAUGAAAACCAAGGCACUUCGCCAAACUCUCCGCACUCUCGGUUUUGACAAUUCCCGAAUCCUUGAUGUCCACUAUCCGGACCGUCAGGUGGUCGCCUUGCUCAUCCACAAUGACUACCAUGAUACACUGGUUGCCUCUUUUGCUCGUCACAACAUUAACCCACUCAAGGACUUCAACCCCCGCGACCCAUCACACUUGCGUGACCCCAAGUUUGUUGGUCUGUCCUUAGAAGAUCGCCAGCGUGAAGCCAAUCAGAUCCAUCUUCAACGUCUCGAACGCGCACUCCAGUUCAUUCGUGAACCUGUCAAAUUCGCUGUCGCUCGCUCCUUCCACAGCCAACAGUGGAUUGAUGAUGAUAUGCUUCGCUUCUUCCUCCAAUCGCGCACCCAACCCACUAACACUGGCCUCACCAAUCCUUUCGGUACCAAUGAUAUUGAAGAUGAACACAUGAAUCUCAAUAACAGCACUCCCACCAGCACCUCUACCCCUGAAAACUCUCAUCAAUGA